UAGGCCCCUGCAGUGGAGCACCGCCCUCGCCCUAAGCCCUGGAUCGGCCGGGAGGCCGGGGUUGGGUCACUUGGCUGCGCGCCGGCAGUGCCUUUGAAAGGCGGCGGGAGGCGGCGAGCGCGAUGGCGAGCUUGGGUCUUCUGCUGAGAGUGCUGGGCCUGGUCCUGUGCGGGGCGGCGAGCCUUGGGCUGUCCGCUUCUCCCGCCCCCACCUCCAAGAAGCCCAUCAUCGGAAUAUUAAUGCAAACGUGCCAUAGUGAGAACAUGAAAAUCCUGGGAAAAUACUAUAUUGCUGCAUCCUAUGUAAAGUAUCUGGAAUCCGCAGGUGCAAGAGUUGUACCCAUAAGGCUUGAUCUUAAAGAUGAAGAGUAUGAAAAGCUUUUCAAGUCUAUUAAUGGGAUCCUUUUCCCUGGAGGAAGUGUUGACCUCAUAAAUUCAGGUUACGCCCACGUGGCCAAAAUAUUUUACAAGUUGGCCAUACAGGGCUUUGGUAAUGGAGACUAUUUUCCCACGUGGGGGACCUGCCUUGGAUUUGAAGAGCUUACGUAUCUGGUCAGUGGAGAGAGCUUAUUAACCCUCACAGAUACUGUUGGAAUUAAAAUGCCACUGAACUUCACUAGAGGUCCAUUGCAGAGCAGAAUGUUCGAGAAUUUUCCUGCUGACUUGUUGCUGUCAUUAGCAAUAGAACCUCUGACUGCAAAUUUCCACAAGUGGAGCCUCUCUGUGAAGAAUUUUACAAUGAAUGAAAAGUUAAAGGCGUUUUUCAAUAUAUUAACUACAAAUACAGAUGGCUCUAUUGAGUUUAUUUCAACAAUGGAAGGAUACCAGUAUCCGGUGUAUGGUGUCCAGUGGCACCCAGAGAAAGCUCCUUAUGAGUGGGGCAAAUUAAAAGGCAUCUCCCAUGCGCCUAAUGCUGUGAGGGCUGCAUUUUAUUUAGCAGAGUUCUUUGUGGCUGAAGCUCGGAAAAACAAUCACCAUUUUGAAUCUGAUGUUGAAGAGGGCAAAGCACUAAUUUAUCAGUACCGUCCAGUUUAUACUGGGAACAUUUCUUCGUUUCAGCAAAGUUAUAUAUUUGAUUGAAAGCCUUCAAUGUGUUAACAGAGAAAUUUUGAUUAACUCCAUGAUUAAACUGUUGUAAUAACUUGUUACUCCUGACGAUAAUAGAAGGCCACAGAGAUUCCUUUUCUAUGAUGUUACUGCCUCUGAUUCUGCAUUCAGUAUAUUUGACUAUUUAUAUCACAUUUGAUAAUCAGUCAGUGAGACAGAUACAUAAUCUGAGUGUUUUUCAUGGAAAAGCUUUCUUUUAUCUGAAGAUUAGAAAAAAAUAAAUUUAUUGAAAAUACAGA